CAGAAGGGUUAGAAGAGAAUUACUUAAGGCAACGUUCAUGUACCACCUAAACCACAAAUAGCGACACACUCCCUGUGCUCUGCCUCUAUGGGACACUUUUUCUUCUCCGGUUGGCAGGAGCCAAAAGGGAUGAGUUGAAAGUCAGGAAACUCUUAACCCCAGCUCUGCCUCUCACUCAGUAGCCUUGGGAAGGGCACUUGCCCUUCCAGCGACUUGAGCUCUUUCAUCUGUAAAAUGAGGGCGUCAACAGAGAUGAUCUCUCAGGUCUCUCCCAGCUCUGACCCUCUAUCAUUCCAAGACCCUCUUCUGCAGGGCAAAAUGUCAGGCUCUGUGGAAAGACCCCAACUCCCCACGCUGCUUUGCCAGCUGGAGCAGCGAUUCCCUUACUUGGAGCAACUGUUUUUCCUAACUUCAGUGAGAAACUCCAUUCUCUGAACCAGAGAAUGGAAAGGAAUUAGUUUGACUCCACAACCUUAAUGUCAACUCUUUCAGGAACAUCUAAGCUAGCCUAGGUGAGUGGGGUAUGGACCCUUGGAAUAUUUUUCUUCAAAGUUCAGUUUCUUUUUUUGUGAGACCACCUCAGAAUUUCCAAAAAGACAUGAGCGUGUGGAAAGAAUAGGAGUUUUGGAAGCAGAGAUGUCUUAAAAACGGGGAAUUUUCUUGGCUUUCCUGAGUCUCACUUUGGUCAUAUAUAUAUAAUCAUACCCUAUCACUACUGGAAAAGAUAAGCAAUGUAAGCAUUUAUUGGAGGCAUAAAAAGGCAUACUAUUUGCUGGGACUGAACAAUAGACUGCCAGUGGUGUUCUUAAAUAUCUUGGACUGCAGAUUGCCCUUAACAACUGACUGAGGGCAUGAAAUUCUUAGAAGGACUAGGGCUCCCCCAUGAUGACCUAUUCACCCACCUACUCUUCCUCUCUGUUCCACUGUUCCCCCUUAGGGAGAUGGCACCAGCCAAGACAGAGUUCCAGUCCCUGCUGCUGCUCCUGCUGCUGGGGCUGUGGGUGGCCAACACCCCAGUCAGUGCCAAGCCCAGACACAUGACUUCAUCUCAGUGGUUUCAAACUCAGCAUGUGCAGCCCAGCCCUCAAGGAUGCAACUCAGCAAUGCGCCACAUCAACAAGUACACAAAACAUUGCAAAAAUCUCAACACCUUCCUGCAUGAAUCCUUCUCUGGUGUGGUGGCCACCUGCCAGAGCCCCAAUAUAGCUUGCAAGAAUGGCCAUGAAAACUGCCACAAGAGCCAAGAGCCUGUGUCCCUAACCAGCUGUGAGCAUACCUCGGGGAAGUACCCAGACUGCAGGUACAAAGAGAGACAAAUGGAUGCAUUCUUCAUUGUGGCCUGUGACCCCCCACAACAGGAGGAUAAUGUGGGGUACCCACUGGUUCCCGUGCACUUGGAUGAUGUUGUCUAAGGCCUGAUGCUCAUCCCACCUCACCCCCAAGCUCUGUAGACUCUAUGUUGCUGCUGCAUUUCCUCCCUUGAGUUAUUGAUUAAUCUUUACCCGCUUUGCAAAUGCCAUUUCCCUCCCACAUGUCCAACCUCACAUGCUCUUGAUUUCGUAGGUGGUUUUAUGGAUGCUCCAAAUGAUGAGGGAAGAGGGGACAUUCUCUUUAGCCUGUCGGUGCUGCUUACUUUGCAUACUCAAUGUCUGCUACUCUGUGCCCCUUCCAGAGUCAAGCACUCAGGAUCUCAGGAUUUUUGAUCCAGAUUUUUGGGGGCUUAUGGCUUGGAGGCCCUUUUUAAAAAAAAGAAUAAAAAAUUAUAAUACAAAUGCAAAGAAAUUCAGGGCCUUGGAAGGGCUGUGGUUAGACAGUUCAGAGGGAUCCCAGGCCGGGGUGAUUAUCUAAGAAGGGAGGGCAGGAGAAUCUAUGCGGGGUUCCCUGUGUUGGGUAAAGGAAUAUGUCUGAUUUUGCUGUAAUGAAAGACUCUGCUGUUCCUGGAGUGUGUGUUCCUGUCUAGGGGUAACUAAGGAAAUCUGGAGCUCCCAUUCAGAGGUCCAGAAGUACCUUCUGAGCCCUAUCAGGCAUCAGCUUCACCUGCCCUGCAGGCUGGAGGGAGGGCAGCGCCCUGGGCUGGUGCAGUCUUAGAAGCCUUGAUCCUGUUAUCCACUCCCGGGAUGGGUGUUUGGUGGCCCCAUCUCACACAAAGGGAGAAAGACGAGGAAGAGCAGGCUAAGCCUCAGGAUGCCAGUCAGACCUGGGUCCUGACCUCCUCAAUUGUGCUCAAGACCCAAGUUCACACUUCAUCAACAGGACCCAGAGCAGGAGCCUCAGCCUUCUGAAGUGAAUCUCUCUCUUGGGGAUGUGUAAAUCAGGACCUACCUACCAAGAAUCUUGAUCUGAUCUUAAUUAGUGCUUCUCUAACUGUGGUAAAGGAGAAGUUUUAUAUGCAAUCUGCCAUAGACUCAUACUUUCAUAAAAUACAAUAAGCUGGGCCAGGCACAGUGGUUCAUGCCUG